AUGGAAUAUGAGUAUUGGGAGGAUGACUAUGGACAAUGCCCUUCCAGUCAUUCCUUCGAGGAGGAUGACGAAGAAGUCAGUUCCACACAGCUGUUACUCAAACAAAUGAUGCCUCGAGAAGAAUCCUAUCAGCAUCAGAUUAUCAAAAACCAUCAUCAACACCAGCUCCGUUACAUGAGAAUGUCCCGGUAAGUGAGGGAAUGGGGAGCGAGAGUCUGGUCGCGCUUUUUCUCUUAAACCAAAACUGAUCCUUUUUCGAAGGGUCUCUUCGUGAAGCCGAUCAACCAACCUCACAUUCAAUUGGCUUCCGAUUUGUGACCUUCCAAUGGUCAAAUAAUAAAUUAACUUUACUUUCGGAACGAUGCUCGACUUUCCCUGCAGGCGUUUUGGAGUUUUAAUUAAAUGGAAUCGUUUCGAAUCAGUGUCUUGCUAAUAUUUUGAGUCUAUUAGAUGCCCGUUCCAAUCAAAACACCGUUCUUUUUCUCUCUAGUUUCCCGUUGUUUGAAUAAGUCUCAUAAAAAUUGACGUCAUUUCGUUGUUUUAAAGAUUACAUUGUCAUCUGAGUGGUCUAAUUGAUGUGAAUUGGAGUCCAGAGUCCAGUUACUUUACAGGUUUACAAUAUCAAAUACAAUCUGUUUUUGUUUGGAAUUCGAGCGCUGAGGAAACAAAAAAACGGAAAAGCCAUUUGUGAAGCGGAAUUCCAUGGUAUUUAUUAUCAGUUAGCGCUUAAAACCUUAAUGAAUCGGUCUCUAGCCCUUUUUCACGCUAAUUGGAACACACCCUUGUUUGGUCGUCAUCAUUAGGAAGAUUAUACAAAUUGUUGAUCCCAGAUUUUUCAGAAUGACAGCUCCGCCUUCCUAUUACAUCAAGGAAAAGGCAGUUGUGUCGAGUAGCGAGGCCACCUGUGCUGUGUGUGGGGAUGGCCCAGCUAAGGCCCAUUAUGGAGUCUUGGCUUGUUAUGGUAUGCUUUCUGAUUUUUGAAUUGUUCUGGAUGAUAAUAUGUUUAAGCUGAGCAGUCAUUGACAAAGCAUUAGAAAUCACAUUUCAAGUUAAAAUUUGCAUUUAAUCCUCUUAAAUCAUUUUAAUUCCAGGAUGCAAGGGGUUCUUUCGGAGGACUUUAACGGGCAAAUAUCGAUAUGUUUGUAGAUUUGGAAACAAUUGUGUGGUCGAUAAAGGUGAGAAAUUGACUUUACUUCGUAAUUUAUUCGAAGCUUGACUUUAUCUUUAAUUUAUUCCAGUACAAAGGAAUAGCUGCCGUUAUUGUCGUUUCCAACGAUGCCUCGAGGUGGGGAUGGACCCUCAGGCAGUGCGGCCGGACCGAGAUCUGACUGGGAAACAGAAAGUGCCUCGGGCAAGGAAACGGCAGAUGGAUGAGGAGUUGAUUAAUCACAUGGUAUGACUGUUUCUCCCAAAUUUGUUUCUAGUUUAUGAAUAAUUACAACAUUUAACCGGCUUCAGAUGCGUUUACAAGGCGAUGAUUGGUCCCGGAAGAUACCCGUGGAGGCCAAAGUCUUGUUGAUGCAGUUACUCAACAUCGAGUCCAACGUUGUGAAGGGCGACGUGCUCUCUCCCAACUCUGCUAAUUACUAUGAAAAGUUGAAUUCGAGCAGUGUUAGCCUAAGGGAAUUGUUCGAAAAGAAGCCCGCCUGCACGACGAGACGAACUGAGGUAAUUUUUCAGGGAUUAUCUGCAAUGUUACGUGAAGAGUUCGAUCACAAGAUAACAUUAUCAGCACUGAUAACAUUUUCUGAUCUUUACGAAACCAAAUGCCAACCUUUUUAUUGUUAGAUCAUCGUAAUUAUACAUUUUUGCUGUCAAAAAAAAAGUAAAGUUGAUAUUGGGAGAACCAUCGCAUAGUAGAUUGGAACAUAAAAGUAUACAGUGGGCUCAUAAACAAAAAAUGUAUACAACAUCAUUCCAGAUGUGCUAUGAGCCUUAUCGAAUGGCCAGGGCAGAUGAAUUACCCAUGAUUGCACAUCGAGGUGCAAUUGCUGCAGUAGAUUGGGUGGAGAGUCUGGUUGAGAUGACUGAACUCAUAGAUACCGAGGACAAGAUCGCCUUGGUCAAGUCUUGUUACGCCCCGCUCACAAUAUUCAACUUUUCGGCAAGGACAGCACAAAACACAGAUAACCCGGACAUCUUAUGUUUAUGUUUCUACUCUUAUGUCCCCCGCAAAUUACCCCCUGAAUUCAAUGCAAACAAGUGAGUGAUUCAACAUAUUAUUCAUUAUGACUCAUUACAGUCAUCUCUCAAAUAAUCUGGUGGAUCGAACCCUCAAUGAAUUAGUGGGUCCCUUAAGGAAAUUGAAGUUGAGGGAAGAAGAAGUGAUCCCUCUCAAGGCAAUUAUAUGUCUAAAUCCAAGUAAGUACUGUUCAUAUGACGGUCAUCUUCUGUAGAUGCCAAAGGACUUUCCCCAGAAGCACAGCACCAUGUGGCUGAUUUGAGAGACAAGAUCCAGGACAUGUUAUUCCAAGUUGUUAAAGAGUUACAUCCCGUUUACAAUGCCUCAUCGAGGUUCGGGAAUCUGUUGUUACUACUUCCAACGAUCACAGUAAGACAUUACAUUACAGAUAACCCCAGUUAUUUUUUACAAUCUUAAUUGCCUUUUCCAGACUCUCUCCGCAAUCAUGUGUGAAAAUAUGCAAUUCUGUCAGACAGUAUUCGGUAAUCGACCUCCCAGUGAAUCCCUUCUCAACGAAUUAUUCCAAGACUCCAAGAACGACGAACCUCUCAUCACCUCCACUCAAACCUCAUCAUCUCCUUUAUUCGAGAAUCCAGCAGAUAUUAGUCUACAGGUAAGGUCAAAUUAAGUGUAAUAAUCGUAGCCUUAAGGCUCUUGAUACCUUUGCCAAGGCUACAAAUGGAAGCCAUUUGUCUCGAUCGGAUGGAAGCACCCAAACAGAAUCCAGCGACGAUUGUAGUUCUCCAUUAACGAGCUGGUCGAGUCGAUCGAUGACUGCUGACUUUUCUCCAUCUGAACAUCAAGUAAGUGCCUUUAAUAAAGUUAGUUGUCUGUCGUUCAUAUCUCUAGAUCAUUCUAAUGUUUAGGCUCAAAUAGAUCAGAUGGACAUCAGCUCCUUCAGUGGCCUUCUUGAAGAUGAUCUCACGGACUCCUCUUUCCCUUCAGAUGCCGUUAAUUUGUUCGAAUCGGCAGGCUGUUCGGAUUUGUAUGGUCUGACUCAAUAA